ACCCCAACCACUCCACCUCAACCAAUACUCACACAAUCCAGAUGCGCCCACUGGUUUCACUCUCUUUGACCUGUCAUUGUCGUCCCAUAUAUCUCACCAAUAUAUAUCUCUUUCCCUACCCUCCUCUGUUUUUCACUCUGCUUUCUCAAUCUUUCUUUCUUACCAAACAAUCACAUACUUCCAGACAUUGAUCACGGGCCAAAUCCAGAGCAGCAGCAAUGGAUCCGAUUCAAGCAAACCAACGGAAUUCAUUUUCCGACCAGUCAGAAAGCGCGGGAAGUUCACGAGCUGGCUACAGCGGCCCUCUAAGCGGCCCAUUAGUUUCCAACAAGAGAAAUAGCAGCAAGAGAAGUGCGAGAUUCAAAGACGAAGAAUGCUUGGUGGAGAUCACUCUAGACGUACGCGACGACACCGUUUCGGUGCAGAACAUCAGGGGAGGGGACUCGGAGACUGCGUAUUUGGCAAGCCAGCUGGAGAAAAGGCCAUCUUCGCUUGGUUCCCAGCUGUCGUUUAAGCUCCGGCAAGUGUCGCAGGAGCUGAAGCGCAUGACAUCUUCAAAAAGGUUUAACAAAGUUGACAGGUCCAAAUCUGGGGCUGCUCGCGCCAUUCAAGGCUUGAAGUUUAUGUCCGAGAAUGUCGGAAGUGAAGGUUGGUCGGAGGUUGAAGCUCGCUUUGAUGAAAUCGCCGUCAAUGGGAUGCUCCCCAAAUCUCGAUUUAGCCAAUGUAUAGGGAUGAACGAGUCCAGUGAGUUCGCCGGAGAACUAUUUGAUGCUUUGGCUCGUCGGAGAGGAAUAACAUCAUCUUCCAUAACCAAGGCCGAGUUGGGCGAAUUUUGGGAACAAAUUACUGAUCAAAGCUUUGACGCGAGGCUACAAACGUUCUUUGACAUGGUGGAUAAAAACGCGGAUGGUAGAAUUACUGAAGAAGAGGUGGAAGAGAUUAUUACCUCAAGUGCUUGUGCAAAUAAGUUGUCAAAAAUCCAAGAACGCGCCCAUGAGUAUGCUGCAAUGAUCAUGGAAGAGCUGGAUCCAAACAACCUCGGAUACAUUGAGCUAUACAACUUGGAAAUGCUACUCCUGCAAGCACCUAUAAGCCACACAACGAACUCAGCAAGCGACAGCCGUGCUCUGAGCAAGUUGCUGAGCCAAAAGCUAGUCCCAACAAAGGAGCGCAACCCCGUAAAGCGGUGGUGCCGGGGGCUGGCCUACUUCGUGGAAGACAAUUGGAAGCGGAUUUGGGUGAUGGCUCUGUGGCUUUCAAUCUGCGCUGGCCUUUUCACAUGGAAAUUCAUUCAGUAUAGGCACAGGGCUGUGUUUGACGUGAUGGGCUAUUGUGUCACUACUGCCAAGGGCGCAGCCGAGACCCUUAAGUUCAACAUGGCCCUAAUUCUUCUCCCAGUCUGCAGAAACACCAUUACUUGGCUUAGAAGCAAGACCAAGUUAGGCGUGGCCGUACCCUUUGAUGAUAAUAUCAACUUCCAUAAGGUAAUUGCUGUAGGAAUUGCAAUUGGGAUCGGGCUACACGCCGGUGCACAUUUGACAUGCGACUUCCCCAGGCUUUACAUUGCACGGAGUAAAUAUGAGUCAAUGAAGCAAUAUUUUGGCAAUACCCGACCCGACAACUACUGGUGGUUCGUGAAAGGAACCGAAGGUUGGACCGGUGUGGUCAUGGUGGUGCUCAUGGCUAUAUCAUACACAUUAGCCCAACCUUGGUUCCGUCGGAACCGGCUAAACCUCCCAAAAACUCUCAAGAAGCUCACUGGGUUCAACGCCUUCUGGUACUCCCACCACUUAUUCGUCAUCGUCUACGUCCUCUUUAUAGUCCAUGGAUACUACCUCUACCUCUCCAAGAAAUGGUACAAGAAAACGACAUGGAUGUAUCUGGCGGUGCCUGUUUUACUAUAUGCAUCUGAACGGUUACUUCGAGCAUUUAGGUCUGGCUAUAAAAUUGUGCGGAUAUUAAAGGUUGCAGUGUACCCUGGAAAUGUGUUGUCCCUGCAUAUGUCUAAACCUCAAGGUUUUAAAUACACUAGUGGGCAGUAUAUUUUUGUGAACUGCUCAGCUGUCUCUCCCCUUCAAUGGCAUCCCUUUUCGAUUACUUCGGCUCCAGGGGACGAUUAUCUGAGCGUCCAUAUACGCACCAUGGGCGACUGGACAUCACGGCUAAAAGCUAUUUUCUCCAAGGUAUGUCAGCCUCCUUCUAGCGACCAUAGUGGCCUUCUAAGAGCCGACAUGGGACAAGGCAAUAACAAACCAAGGAUCCCGAGACUCUUAAUCGACGGCCCGUAUGGAGCGCCGGCACAAGACUACAAAAAGUACGACGUGCUCCUCCUCGUUGGCCUCGGCAUCGGCGCGACCCCUUUGAUCAGUAUUGUUAAAGAUGUGCUUAAUAAUAUGAAGCAACAAAAGGAAGUGGAAGAAGGGAUGGUGGAGAGUGGUGCAAGAAAUGAUCAUAAGAGAAAACAUUUUGCUACAAAACGAGCAUACUUUUAUUGGGUGACGAGGGAGCAAGGCUCAUUUGAAUGGUUUAGUGGUGUGAUGAAUGAGGUAGCAGAAAAAGAUGGAGACAAGGUGAUUGAGCUUCACAACUAUUGCACCAGUGUUUAUGAAGAAGGAGAUGCACGGUCGGCUUUAAUCACCAUGCUUCAAACGCUACAACAUGCCAAAAAUGGUGUCGAUAUUGUCUCCGGCACCCGGGUUAGAACACAUUUUGCUAGACCUAAUUGGCGUAACGUUUACAAGCACGUUGCCCUUAAGCACCCUGACGAACGAGUUGGGGUGUUUUACUGUGGAGCACAUGGAUUGGUUGGAGAGCUAAGAAGUUUAGCUCAUGACUUCUCCAGGAAAACCACCACCAAGUUUGAUUUCCACAAGGAAAACUUCUGAUUUUUUUGUUCUUUUUUACCAAAGUGUAUUAUAUAUAGAUUAUGUACCCUUAUUUUAAAUACGUGUAUAAUUUUACGUUGUAAUUUACAUAUAAUUAAUUAAUUCACUUCCAAAGAAUUGCUUAUUUGCUAGGGCAAAAUGUUGUAGCCUUGCAAAUAGCUGGAGUUGUUAAAAGGCUUUUAUUUUAUAUAUGAAUAAAUCAAUGCUCAACUGAGAGUA